AUCCAUUUCAAAACCAACAACUGCUGGGCACCAAGCGCUUGGUCAAACACCACAGUCCCCGAUAGGCUUCGGUUUGCUCGCUCUGCCAGCACAACUGUGACACCAAGUCUAUUCGUCUGUAUUGCCAACAAAUGCCAACCGCCGAGUUGAAGACUAUCUGGCAAGAGGGCAAGCCUCUGUUUGUCGCCUGCCAUCUGGGACAGCAUGGAGAGGAUGCAGUCCCACUUGGUGGAGCAACUGCCUGUUUGGAUACACGCAUCCGUCUCGCGUACCACCUCGCCGUCGAAACGUAACUAUUCCGAGUAAGCAAGUUUGUCUCAAACGAGUCCCGGUCCGUCCUCUAUGGCAUGAACACGUACAAAUUCACCAUCCAUACAAGGGCCAUAUGGCCCAAGUCGCUGAGGAGCCCAUACGUUUUUUGCAUCUCUUGGCCACCCUCUCCGACUCCCACUGCUACGCAACUUGCGUCGCAUCCACAUUCGACCUUGUUGCUGACACUGACAGCUACUGGGCAGUCAAGCGCCAACGAGCACGCCUCCAAUACCUGGUUCAAAUCCUCAAGGAGCAUGCUGACGACCAAGGCAAAGGCUCCUUGUUGCAGCAUCUCACGCUCGACUUUCGGCUCACCCGGAUUCCUGGUCCAAGGCUUCUUCCGCUUCCUUAGUCGACCGGAUACUCGUAUUUGCAAUCGCUUCGGCCUCCGAAGAGCCUAGAAAAAUACAUGUUCAGCCUAGAGAGUCUGGCAUCGCUUUGUGGUAUCAAAAAUGUCCAAGUCAACGGGCUCCUUGAUUGGUACGCAAAGUGCAUGCAGCUUUGUAUACAAGGCAAAGGCGGCCAAGUGCAAGAGACCGACUGGCCACAGCUUCAAGUGAGGCGCAGCCAGGGUAGGGGUAAGUUCGAUAGUCGCAAGACGACGACGUAUUGGGCCACAUUGCGCAAGUGACAUCGGCCUAUGCUGAAUUAGAAGGAGUUUGUCGAGCGCAACAAUAUCGCCCUUCCAGACAAUAUCGCCAAGUUCUGGACUGGAUAGUAGGACUGGGCAGAUGGUUACAGGCCCCCCCGCAUAGCGAUCCUGAAUGACAUGUGACAGAGAGCCAGGAUAGGCCCUUGACAGAGCAAUAGCAUAUCCGCCGUGUUUGA